UGCUUUCCUUCAGCAGCGAGACCUUUAAUCCUAAAAGAUUCCCGGAUCAGAUUUGGCACAUCGGUGCGGAGCCGGCAAUUGAGGCUGCGCUCGCUCUGAGCUCGAUUAAUCUACCCUUAGCGAUAAACAGAAAAAAAUCCAAGGUUUCCAUCUCGAACCAACCGAAACACGGUUAGAGAGCGAGCAUAGGAGAGAGCGCUUUCCUUGCCCCGACAUGACAGUGACAGUCGGCUAGACUCUGAAAACAGAGUAACCGGGGACGGGAGGGCUCGCCCGAAGGCAAGGACAACAAUAAUUUAGGCUGACAAGGGGAUUUACGAGAACGAGAAAUGGAAAAUGCCGAUUCUAACGUACCCGAGGGUGCCAGCGGCAGGGCUUCAAGCGAGAACGAAACCGCGUCUCCGAAAGGUCCCUUUCAUCAGACAUGCAGUAGAGUGCCAGCACGUCUACAGGAUACGCUAAAGGAGGAGUUGCAGUCCAUUCUCCGACUGGGAAUUGUAGAACCAUCCUCAAGCAGUGUUCAGGUCAAGAAGACACAUAUGUCACAAAUUGAGGUGAUCCCUUGUAAAAUCUGUGGGGACAAGUCUUCAGGAGUGCACUAUGGGGUGAUCACAUGUGAAGGCUGCAAGGGUUUCUUCCGCAGAAGUCAGCAAAGCAGCGUCUCUUACUCCUGUUCCCGGCAAAAGAAUUGCCAAAUUGACAGGACCAGCCGAAACCGUUGUCAGCACUGUCGCCUCCAAAAAUGUGUGGCCCUGGGCAUGUCCAGAGAUGCUGUGAAGUUUGGCCGUAUGUCUAAGCGACAGCGAGACAGCUUGUUUGCAGAAGUAGAAAAACACAAGCAGCAACAGAAACAGCAGCAGCACCAGCACAGCCCAGGAGAGGCAGAGGCUGUGAUCACCUACCCUAGCAAGGAGCUUUGCAAUGGGCAGAGCCAACACAGUGAGACUGCUGCUCUGACCUAUUCUUUCAAAGGAAUUUCCAGUGACCCUGUUGAUUCUGAAGUUUCAGCUUAUGGUAGUGAAGGUUUGACAUGUUUGCCUUGUUCUCCAAAUGAGGCCCAGACUUCAGUUGUAGGCUAUGGGUCUACAGGGACCUCAUCUUCACCUGUGUCCAGCAGCCAAACUUGUCUGGAAAAGGAAGAGUUGUUUCCAAAAGAAGGAAAAGGAAAGACAGAAGGCAUCAGGAACCGUUACUGCCCUUCACAAACACGACAACCAUCUCCAGACCAGUCUGGCUUAGAUAUGAAAGAAAUCAGGCUGCCCAGCGUUGUCGACUUCUACAUCAGCUCUCCAGAACAGCCAAACACCAUGGAACUUGAAAUAAACAAACUGACAGCUAACAUCUUUAAAUCCCACCGGGAAACCUGCCAAUUCCGAGUGGAGGAGCUACAAGCUUUGCAGUGGAAGCAGUUCACCCGUGAGGAAGUCAUGGUCUACCAGUGCAAGUCAAUUGAGGAGAUGUGGGAGAGGUGUGCUUGCCGCCUGACAGAUGCCAUUCAGUAUGUAGUUGAAUUUGCUAAGAGGAUUGAUGGCUUUAUGGAAUUCUGCCAGAAUGACCAGAUUGUUCUCCUCAAAGCAGGUUCUUUAGAAGUUGUUCUUGUGCGCAUGUCUCGAGCUUUCAAUCAAGAGAACAAUACAGUCUUCUUCGAAGGGAAAUAUGCUGGGACAGAGAUCUUCAAAUCACUAGGUUGCAUGGAUUUGGUGACAUCAAUGUUUGAUUUUGCCAAGAGCCUAUGCACACUGCACUUAUCUGAGGAAGAGGUGGCUCUCUUUACAGCCUUGGUGCUCAUCAACUCUGAGAGACAGUGGUUACAAGAGAAGGCCAAAGUGGAGCGCCUCCAUACCCAUGUGGACAUGGCCUUCAAGAGGAUACUGCUGAGGAAUCGACGUGAUGGUCUACUGUCAAAGCUGUUCCAGAAGAUGGCGGUGCUAAAGCUGCUUUGCGCCCAGCACAUUGAGAAACUGCGUGCUUUCCGCCAGCUGUACCCGUUGAUUGUGCACUCACUGUUCCCACCUCUGUACAAAGAGCUGUUCACCUGUGACACAGAUCUGCAGACCGUGAUCGAGUGACAACACAGCAGCUUCAAAGUAAACACACAGCACAUAGGACUGCGCAAGGAAAACAGUGUCUUCUAGGCUGGAGGAACAAAGCAACUCACUGCUGGUCAGGGAGGUUUCAACGGGCCUCAUGGAACCUUGUUUGGGUCCAGGAGGAGACAACACUGGUUGAGUACAUAAAGCACAAUUAACACAAAGUUUGGGGACAUACAGUAUCUGUUGUUCUGUGAUAUACCUGGAAGCUACCUUUCACUAUUUCAAGUCAUUGAACAGCCAUUAUUUCAUUACAAGGGUAGGACAUAGUUAAGCAGGAGUUCACUUUUUUAUAUAAAGUUACUUGUUUUUAUCCAAGUGUUUUUUUGGGAUAAAUUUCAACAUUUCCUUUGCAAUUUGUUUUUUGCUUAAUUGCACCCUAGAACAUAAUUUACAGUGAUAGGUCAUACCUUUAGUCCAAAACAAGGAUGUGUGCUGAAUAACCUACUUUCAACAGUUCAGCAUUUGAAAACAGGAAGGGAAUUUGGUCAAAAGAGGAAAACAAGUGUUAUGAAAUGCUGUGUGGUUUAAAAAAAAAAUAGAAGAAGAAUUGAACUCCUGCUAUGGAAUUGAUUUUUUUGGAUGAGCAAACUGUAGCUAAGCAAUCUUUUUUAUAUAUCUGAAAACUAGACUCAUGCUUUACCUGGGGUUUUUUGAACUGGGAAGCUUCACUUGUCCAGUUUGCUCCAUCUUUUUCAUGUCAGGAUAGGAUGGCCUAUUAUUUGAAAAGUGGGAGGUUAGGAUAGUUCCAGAAGGUGGUUUGUCCUGACUUCAAAUCAUCUCUGGAAGACUGGCAGAUGAAGCUAUGUAAGCCAAAACUGGGCAUACAUUACCAUUUGUUACUGGGUGAGACCUCAGCAACUGCAGCAAACAAUCUCCUGUUCUUCUUUAUAGCAGACAGAUUAUUGAAGGCAAGUCUGUCAUAAGCAAAGUGUGCCUGGGAUGCUACCAAGCUGUGAAAUGUCGUAAACUAUCAGCAGCAUAUUUUUGAAACAAAUUGCACAAUACAUUAAGUUUCAGAUGCUUAAAAAUCUUUAAAUGUACUGAUAUCAUGCUUUAUUAAUUGAUAUUCGGGAGCUAUAGAGUUAUUUUCCCUGUUCACGAAAUUGCUGGGGUUUAACAUUUCUAUACUGUGACAAAGUAGACACAGUCUGUGCUCGAUUCAUAUAAACAUGUCUGUGCUUUCCUAAUUAAAAGUAAUGACAGACCCCCUUUCAGAGAAAAAUGUUAUUUUCCAAUAGGCAUUUUUGCACUUGCUAGUUCUGAUAGGUCUUCACAAAAUGUUUGUUACAGUAUGGAGCAGUUACAGUUUUUUUUGGGGACCCAGAAUGCAGUGUGAGCCAUCUUUAAAAUGAGAGAAAAUGUACAGGUCAUAGUAUGGAAAAUCACGCUAUGCAGAAAAAGAAAAACAAAAAAAAAACAAAUCCUGCUUUCCUGGCACACUUGAAUGAUGAUGCUUGGCUUGAUGUCAGACACAUUGUCAAUUAUUAAGCUCACUUUGUAUGAGCAAGCACAAGUAUACAGCUCCAGUGUUUUUAAAAUGUGUUCUGCAUUAUAUACCAUAUUUUAGCUCAAGUAUUUUCCUGGCAUAUGUGCACACUUGACAUAUGGUAAGAAGCACUCAGUAUCCCGGUUGUGGGCCUGCUUCAGAUAAGUCUCAGCAUUUUAAUGCUGCUUCUCACACAACUGCCAUCCUUUCUAAAUCUGUCGAUAUUUAUUUUUUGAGAAAGAGUGUUCUUUUUUUUUUUUCUAAGUUAUUUAUCUGUGCCUUGUACUUUUGUACAUGACUCAGCGGCAGCAGCCAUCAAUCUGUAUAAUUUUUCUUUUCUAAAAGUAGUUUUGAGUGACAAACAUGAAGAUCUGGAAAUCAUUAGUCUGUCCCAUCUUGCAUGUUAUUAAAGACAUGAUGUAGAGGUCUUUGAGACAGAAAUAAGUGAACUGAGAUUUCUUUUCAUCAAAAUAAGCUGUUGCUAUCCAGCAAUGAAUGCCUUUUGUUAAUGUUGGCUAUUUUUUUUGUUUAUUCACCCAGCACUGUUUGCAUGGUGAAAACACCUGAAGCAGUGUCUCAACCUCAUGUAACACCAGUUUGAAAAUCAGAAUGUCAAAAAAGAAAAAUGAUUUGAAUGACUGGGAUCCCGGUUGUGGUAUUGAUAGCAUAUGAUGGUGAUGGCAUGUGAUGCUUAGUAAGUUAAGGUGUUAGACAGUAAAGUUCAUAACAAGUCAGUUUACCUUCUGCUGUGUCCUCAGUCUCUUGAGAUGGAGUUCACAUUGGAAAGAUGCGACAGAAAACAAAGUGGGUUUGCUUAUUUGAGAGCACACCAGACGGGCAGCAGGACACCAUUUCUUCACUUGUUCUAUCUUGCCUUUUAAAGAUGCUCACAGCACUGGAGUCCACAGGCAGCACUUGAAGUAUGUGUGCCUGCUCUGGACCACCAACCAUUUGUGAAAGGCCUGAGACUGGUUUUGUGUUAAUCACUUCUUUAGAAGAGGAACCGCCACUUUUUAAUCGGAGUUGAAGUUAUUUACUAAGGAAGCUGAUGAACGGGGGGGUGGGGGUGUUUUGGGGGACAAAAAAAAAAAAAAAGCCGCAUUGUCAUUCAGAGUUCUAGGCUGCUGACUGGCCAGUCCAGUCCUCACAAUACAGUGUUGUAUUUCUUAGCACUUUGAAAUCAGGCAAACUUUUCAUAGCCUGUCAGUGUAAUAAAUAAUAGUCAGGGUUACUUUUCCUUGUAUUUCUAUUCUCUUUUUUGAUGUUUUGUCUUGACCGCCCUACUUAUAGAUCACCAUUUAUCUUCAUUUGGUCCAAUUGAGGAAAUUUCUGCAGACUCAGGGUCAAACACACAAAGUGAUAAAACUGUUUCACGUGGUGUUAUUAAUGCACAAAGGUAGGCCUACUGUAGGUUGAUCCAUUACAGAAAAGGCACAGCAGUGCCAUGUUGCUCUCAUCCCCUACCUCUGCCAAUUUUGUGAAGAAUGCAGAUGUCUCCAGUUAGCUCUAGUCCUCAAUUCUUCUGACCAAAUUUGCCAGACAAUCUCAUUCCUGUCUCACUUUUGAUGCAGUUUUUGAGCACUUUGAUAUUGAAGCAGCCAGCAGGUAUGUUAGAUAACAUUUAUUACAGAGCUUCUCAGGGUAUUGCAAGUGGAUGAGUGGUCAAUGCAAAUAAAACGCAUAUCAAAUAAAUUCCAUAUUUCAGAGAUGUAGAAUAGAGCCCAAUCUUUGAAAUUUUUGGCUAUAACAUUUUGAUCUUUCACAAUCAAAACUUUUUCAACAGUACUUUCUUCAGAAUACUGUCAUAAACAAAAACAGAUCUGUAACGUGUAAGUGUAACUAGUAAGGAGCAGGCCAGUUAGUAGAAGGGUAUGGACUACUAGGCUGGGCAGGCCGCCAUAUUGUCAUUUAAUAAGCGUCUCGGAGUAGAGUUCAGGGGAUGACGGAGACGUAAGCAGAUUGGCUUGAGCAGAGCCUCCACACACACUUUUAGGAAGGAGCAGUGGCUAAAUGUGCAUUACCGGGGGCUCACAGCGCCUCGACCAAUGUGGUGCACUGUUGUGCAGACUUCUUCUAGCCUGGUCACUCCACUCAGGAAUCUCAAAAGUGAACACAGCGGACUGCUCUUUGUUAUUAAGAUAGCUGAAUACAGUUGCUUCAGAUAGGAAGUAAAUGAUCAAAAUAAAAACUUCUCUAAAUUUGAAAAAUUAUUAUUUUAUUGAAAUAUUUUCUGUAUAGGGGAAAUAAGAGACCAGAAGGCCUGCGUGUCCUGGUCUAGAACUCCUGCCUCUGUCAAAGAGACAGGAUCAUUGCAUAGAUAGCUUUAUGGAAGUAAACGGAUUCAUUGUUCAAGUGGACAACUUCUGAAGUCAUUUCUGGUCACCCUCCCACAAUGCACUACCCUUUCUGACACGGGCACUCAGCUGGUUGUAUACUUCCAACUAUACAGUGUGGGGGACCUUCCUGCCAUCAGUCUGCACUCAGUUCUAGUUGAAGCAUCUUCAACUGGCUGUAUUAAGAAGCUGCUUUAGUUUUAAAUCACAUCGCAAGUGUCGGCUCUAUCAGUAAUGAUGAGCUUCAUUCAGACUGCGAGCUGCUGUUGAGCAGGAUGUGGCUCCCUAUAAUGUCCAGCGGUUUCAUUAAAUGUCUGUGCUACAAGUACAAGUAAAGUUCUAUCUGUCUACAUGUUGUGCUAAUGGGCUCGACUUUAAGGGAGAGGGAACCACAAUGACACCUAAAGGUGCAACAAUCAGAUCUUCUCUCUAUGCAAAUACAAUACAGCUUCUGUUACAGCACUGGAAUUAAGUGUACAAAUACCAGAAAUAGUUUUCUCGACUAGAUUCUCUAUCCAACAAUUAGCUCUGUUAUUUAAAGCCUGCUGGCUGCACUCCUGAUGUGGCAAAAUGCACAGAAAUGAUCCUAGCGAGCAUUAGCGCUUUACAGAAAUGACAAUAGUUUUGAUAGCACUGCCUUUAAGCAAUAUGAAAUUCCCCAGUUCUGUUUGUACAGGGUAUAUUUUUUACUUUCCUUAGACAAAUUAAAAUAGAGGUUUAUUCUGUAGGUGCAUGUUUUAAAUGUAAGAUAGAUGUAUUUAAAAGAGAAAUAUGUGGAAAUUUUUGUAGUGAAAAGAAAUAUGGUACUAUUUAAAUAUGUUUUUAAAAAGGAAAUUCCCACUGAAUUUACUUAAUUCUUAUAGUAUAAUUUUGAAGCAAAGUUGUACAGAUUUGAGAUUAUAUAUAAUUAUUGAAAGAAAACUAGCAAAGUUCUUCAUGGAAGGAGAUGUAAUUUAUAGAUCUACAUUAUAUCAGAGACCUGUUCAGAAGCAAUGGCAAGCUUACAGAAUCUGUAAGGGUAAGAAAAAAAAAAUAUUUUUUUGUUUCAUCUUUGUAAAUGCUAUGUAUUUUUCCUGUCCUGCCUCUAGCACUUAAUUGUUCUUUAUAUGUAAUAAUUAAUAAUAAUAAAAGUGAGAAACAAAUCAAA